CAUAGUAUCGAGCUCUUCAUUACGAAACGGAGCUGUCCUCAAAUCCAUAGAAGACGUUCUUAUCUCCAUCCAAGAAUCCAUGGAAGUAGAAGGGACUUUCGCCGGCUCCUUUCCUGAUAUCAUCUUCGAAUCGUCACCGGAGCACGAUAAUUCGUCAAAGAGAAGCGCCGGCAGCGUCACCACAAACUCUACGCAGGCGAACGCCAGCUUUGAUUGCAACAUCUGUCUCGACUUCGUUUCCGAUCCAGUGGUCACUCUCUGCGGCCAUCUCUACUGUUGGCCCUGUAUCUACCGCUGGCUUCAUCCUACCUCCAGCAAUAACCCUCGCCGGUGCCCCGUCUGCAAAUCCCCUCUUUCUGACUCCUCCCUUGUCCCUCUCUACGGCCGCGGGCAUGCCGCAAAAAACCAUGGUCAGAGUAUCGGCAUCCCGGGCCGACCAAGAGACACUCGGAGCCUCGUUGCUGCCGCCGCCAUCGACCAACGGCCCUAUCACACGGGAGCACUGCACUCCACGGCCGGCGUGGUACUUGGCGAGAUUGCCUUCGCCAUGCUGCCAUGGGCGUUCACCAACCCGCCAAGCUGGAACCUUUCUCGGGCCAUGAGGGAGGUGAUUGGCGAGAGUCCGAGGCUGAGGCAGGAGAUGAGGGCGGAGAUCUGGCUGCAUCAGCUAUGGGUUUUUCUCCUUUGUUGUGCGCUCUUUGGUCUGCUCUUCUUCUAAAGCUUCUAAAAGGCAAUAAAUUAUGUGAGUUUGACCCUUCUUAGCCUUUCUCUGCGUGAUUGAUCAUGCGAUAGUGUUAUGUAUUUGAUCAUGCGAUAGUGUUAUGUCUCUGCAGUAAUGUAAAUAAAGAUAUAUUAUUGAUACGUCAUAAAAAUAUAUAUAUCUUGAUCGGGCACAAA